AAUCAGCCGAAGUAUCUGGAAACAGCGUGGUGUGCAGCUUUCUUCAGUACAUGGAGAAGUCAAAACCGUGGCAGAAAGCUUGGUGUGUGAUCCCCAAGCAAGACCCUCUUGUGCUGUACAUGUAUGGUGCCCCCCAGGAUGUCCGAGCCCAGGCCACCAUUCCGCUCCUGGGCUAUGUUGUGGACGACAUGCCACGGAGUGCAGACCUGCCACACAGUUUCAAACUGACCCAGUCCAAAUCUGUGCACAGCUUUGCUGCAGACAGUGAGGAGCUGAAACAGAAGUGGCUGAAAAUCGUCCUUUUAGCUGUCACAGGUGAGACACCAGAUGGUCCAGAUGAGCAUCCGGCCACCUUGGACGAUCAUCCUGAACCUAAGAAAAAACUAGAAUGCUAA